CUCCAGUAGAGAAGAGUCAGUCAGUAGACCCUCUAAACUCUCUCUGUAUCGUUUACUCUCUUCUCCACAAUAACAGCGGGAAAACCAAGAACCAGAAGCCAUGGAUAUCAAAUCUUCGAAAAUUUUCCAGCGCUAUGGUUGGGAUUUGCUGUUGGGAUCGAUCGCUGCGUUUUACGUUUUCAUGGUUCCUUACACAAAGGUUGAAGAAAGUUUCAACGUUCAGGCAAUGCACGAUAUGCUUUAUCAUCGACAUCACCUGGAUAAGUAUGACCAUUUGGAGUUUCCUGGAGUUGUUCCUCGUACCUUCAUAGGUGCCUUUCUUGUAUCAAUUUUGUCAUCUCCAGUCACAUCGGUAGUUAAUUUGUUACACUUGCCGAAGCUUUAUGGUCUUAUCACAGUUCGUUUGGUGUUAGGCUGCAUUGUCUUGUCAACAUUGCACUUUUUACGCAAUCAGGUUAGACGGAAAUUUGGUGGCCAAGUUGAAGCCUUCUUUGUAAUUUUGACAGCUUUUCAGUUCCACAUGCUGUUCUAUUGCACACGCCCUCUUCCAAACAUAUUAGCAUUGGGCUUAGUCAACUUGGCUUAUGGCUUUUGGUUGAGGGGGAACUUUCCUGCUACUUUGAAGUAUCUGAUUUUUGCUACCAUCAUCUUUAGAUGUGAUAUGCUGCUACUUCUUGGCCCCAUAGGGCUAGAGCUUUUGCUGACAAGGAAGAUUACAGUCUGGGAAGCAUUGAAGUGUUGCAUUUCUACUGCUCUAUUUUGCAUAGGUCUUACAGUAAUGGUUGAUACAGUUAUGUGGCGGAGAUUAGUAUGGCCAGAAUUUGAAGUGUUCUGGUUUAACUCUGUAAUGAACCGGAGUUCUGAGUGGGGUAGAUAUGCAUUUCAUUGGUACUUCACAUCAGCUCUUCCUCGCUCUCUUCUUGCAGCAUAUCCUCUCCUUUUGAUUGGCAUGUUUCUUGACAGGAGGAUCCUUUUGUACAUUAUUCCAGUUUUCUCAUUUGUUUUACUUUACUCAAAGCUUCCACACAAGGAACUGCGAUUCAUUAUUUGUUCCAUUCCUAUCUUCAACUUGGCAGCAGCAAUUGCAGCUAGCAGAAUUUACAACAAUAGGAAGAAGAGUCUCUGGAAGUGGCUUUAUUUAGUUAUGCUUGGAUCCCUUCUGGUCAGUCUAGGAUUCUCCAUCAUUAUGUUCAUGGCAUCAUAUGAGAAUUAUCCUGCUGGAUAUGCUCUUAAAGCUUUGCAUAAAAUGGGUCACCACACUAACACUAGUAAAGACCAGUGGGUUCACAUUGAUUCCUUUUCAGCAAUGAAUGGGAUCUCGCGGUUUUGUGAAAAUAAUUUAUCAUGGAGGUACUCCAAAGAAGAAGGGAUUGCCAUUGAAGAACUUGGGAACAGGAAUUUUACAUAUCUUUUGAAUGAGCAUCCCAAUGUUCCUGGGUUCAAGUGUUUAUUUGCUGUAAGCGGGUUCUCAAGGGCUCAUCUUCAUAUGGGACUCCCACCCUUUUUACUGCUGAAGGAGCCAAAAGUAUUUAUUCAUGGAAACUUGAGAAACCUAGACAUCAUGCACAUGCAAUGGCCAGGUUGCAAGACAACUAGGGAUUAAAAGAUGGCUCCAAAAGUUGCAAAGAAGAUCACUAUCAAGAUACAAUGACCUCAAUCCCUAACUGCUAUCCCCAGCAUCAGAAUAGAGAGCUAACCUAGUAUCCAGUGGCGGUUCUUGCGUAGCGAUGUUGUUGAAGAGCUUCAUCAUUUGAAUAUAAUUCCUUUUGAUGUGGCUGAGAGAUUUGUCUAGGUAUGAAAUCCAUCCAUCGUGAAUGUACCUAUUAUGGUUUAACCUGUAUUUGUAGAUGGUUCACAAUUUUUUAGUUAAAUUAUUGCUCUGCCUUACCUUUUGAACGUGUAUGCAUAUUAGUAUUGUGUAUGAUACGUCUUAUGCACUCUUA